GGCCGAGGUGCCAAAGUUGUGACGCCGCUCUUGUCUGCUUCGCCCAAGUUUAUUUCGCACCACUUUCCAUGACAACAACAUGUCAGGCCUACGAAUCCUCGUGCCCGUCAAGCGCGUGAUUGACUAUGCCGUCAAGCCUCGAGUCAACAAGGCCCAGACGGCCGUCGAGACCACGGGCGUCAAGCACAGCAUGAACCCCUUUGACGAGCUCUCGAUCGAAGAGGCUGUCCGUAUGCGCGAGCGCAAGGCCCCCGUCGAGGACAUCCUUGCCUUUUCCGCCGGUCCCACAAAGUCACAGGAUAUUCUGCGUACCGCCAUGGCCAUGGGCGCCGACCGUGCACUCCAUGUCGUCGAGGAGAAGACCGAGCUGGAACCCUUGAGCGUCGCCAAAAUCCUGAAGAAGGUUGUCGAGGACGAGAACCGCAACCUUGUCAUCCUGGGCAAGCAAAGCAUUGACGAUGACGCCAACCAGACCGGCCAGAUGCUUGCUGGACUCCUAGGCUGGGCCCAGGCUACAUCGGCUUCCAAGGUCGAGAUUGACGGAGACACUUGUACUGUUACUCGGGAGGUCGACGGUGGUGUCGAAACAUUGCGUGCCAAGCUGCCCAUGAUCAUCACCACCGACUUGCGAUUGAACGAGCCGCGCUACGCCAGUCUGCCAAACAUCAUGAAGGCCAAGAAGAAGCCGCUCGUCAAGAAGACCAUGGAAGACUACGGCAUUGACCUCACCAAGCGGCUCAAGACUGUCAAGGUCACCGAGCCUCCGCCGAGACAGGGAGGUGGCAAGGUCGACGAUGUUGACGGCAUGAUCUCAAAGCUCAAGGAGCUGGGCGCGUUAUAGAGGAGUCUGAAAAGGGCUCUAAUCUUGAUACCAUGUAUUUGUUCCAAGCAUGAAAAUGCAAUUUUUCACUUCUACCAAAAUUCUCUCAAUUGCCUAUAUUUACCAGUCGCCCCAUGUAUCAUCACCCGACUUUUGCUGUGAACUCGUAGGCUUCUUCAUGGCGCUCGUUCCAAUACUAGAUGAAGCCUCUUUCUUCAGAGUGGCUGUUUCACCAGCGGCAGCGAAGUCGUCCCAGAAGUCUUUCUUGUCGUUUGCGGGUCCUUGAGGAGGUUCGCCAAAACUAUCCCAGAAGUCUCGCUUGUCCGCGGCCGGACCCUUAGCUCCCUUUGGAGCCAGUCUCUCAUCACCUUCAACGAAGCGGUUGAAGUUUUCAGCAGCUGCUUUUGUGCUUGUCUGGAUACCCUGGCCUAGUUGCGCUGCUGUCAUGCGUGCUUGCGUAGCAAGAUCGGCC